AUGAUCCGCGAUUCGCUCCGUGGCCUGAUCACAUUGGAGCGAAAGCAACCAAAAAACGACAGCUACACACGACUGGAGAGAACCUCCUCCUCCAUAGAGGCGCUGCUGAAGAAACGGAACUCGGGUCUGUGCGACGCGUUUGUGCAUCAAAUUGCCCCGGAAGCUCAUCGUUACAGAGAAAAAGAUCCGUUGUGCUUAUCCGUCUCUUUCGACGGUCCUUCCGGUUUCGACUCUGCAAACGACUGGACAGUUCUCAAGCAAGCCAAUCCGGAGCACGCUCUGUCGACUCGCCUGCUGGCUGCCUACUUUGAAAUUCCCCCGAGGGUUUUUCAGGACAACUUUGAACAAACUGGCAGCUUCCAGGUCGCUGCUACGCUCCAGUUCAUCCAAGAGUUUGAGUACUCGGCUCGUAACGACAGUCACCCCACGAGUCAUGAUCAACUGCCGUGGCUUGCCAUCGCUGUUGACGGAAUUCAACAGUUGCUUGGCUUUUCGAGCUGGCACAACGCUCAACGUCAACGUCAGCUGCUGGACAAGACUCUCGCGUCACUCAAGGCUGCCGUUAAGCGUCCCGCAGCGCGACUCUUUGUGCUUUACGCUGGUACUUUGUCCGACGACCUCACCACUGGCGUGAUUGAGUCGCUCCACUCUCAAACCUCUGCUUCAAGCAAAUACAACGUGGAUGAGGAGGAGGUGCCUGAACCCAAGCGCGAGGAUGCAAACCUCGAGAGCCAGUUACAUCCUUCCGAUGGCAUACCACGCCACAUUGAGAAGGUUCUUGGUGUGAUGGCAAGCGGCGCGGCGGCUAAACUCUGUCUGAAUGCCCGCAAGUUUAUCGAGCUCGUGCACUUCUGUGCGUUCGACGCGUUCUCGAUCAACCCUUCAAGUCUGGACGCCCGAACUCGCUCUUGGAUUGACACAGGAUGUGCUUUCGUCGAUCUGGGUUCGAGUGACGCCCCACCGACACGUGACUUGCUCGCACAAACUGUGCGCUCGGCCUACCGCCAUUUCGAUGAACUUCACCGCUGGAUGGACCGUCCCUUCUCGUUUUAUCAUCAUCCUGCAGUUGCGUGGGAGCAUACUGUGGUGAACCUUUUCAACGUGCGAUUGAUUGUACUUGUCGCCAAAGCACUGCUGGAUCAUGCAGACGCUUCGAAGCAGCUUGACAGUUCAAAGCUUGGCGUUUCAAAGAAGCUUGGUGCUUCAAAACAGGCAGACGCUUCAACGCUUGGUGUUUCGAAGCAGCUUGACGCUUCAAAACAGCUUGACGCGUCAGAGCAGAGUGGUGCACCACAGCUGCCGGCUCACAUGGACGUACCACUGAGUCGGCUGCUACCUGGCGUCAAGUUUGGUGCGGGAUGUGAGGAACUCCAACUUCGGUUGCCACUGAGCAAUUGGAGGGAAGACCUGACGUGCAUGACAAAGAUCGACAAUGAUGAAUGUACACUCGCGACUCACAUUGAGCCGGCUAUUGACUGUUGCAUGCAUGCUCAAGUCGUCGAGAAAACCAGCGGCAAAGUGCGUCCGGCAGUCAUCGGACUGCAAGUCAAGCAUCACAAGUCUCGUCUCACCACCCAAGACGAGAUUGAGAGGCUGGAAACGAAGGCUCGGAAGGAACUCGCCCGAAAGUAUGUCAAGGAAGAAGACACUGUCAUUCUUGUCGGAGUCAUGUUGACGUCUCGAGUGACGAUUGCAAAUCCGCCGCCGCUUUCGUGGGUGAUGCACCGCGGCGACCUGGAGCAAUUCGUUCAAGGCUUCAGGAUGACAGUUCCUUGA